AUGAAAAGGAGACGUAGAGUAAGUCAAGACGAUAAUGAUGAGAAGCAAGGACGCUUGGAUGCGGCUGCGAUGCAGGUGGAGGACUGGAUGGCUGAAACAAAUAUAGGAGAGGAAGGACUGAGUCGACUUGAGGCUUUGGGACAGGAUGUCAAAGCUGUGCUCUUGUCCGCUAAAAGAGAGAGGAACCCUUAUGAAGUCGACGAUCUGAGUUGGCUUUUGGAAUACUGUAUACCAUUUCCUCUAGAACUCCCUUUUGGGCUUUCAUUGAGAAUUGCGAAUUGGCCAGAAGAAUUCUGCUGGGAACCUCCUAGACAAAUUGAAUUAUUGUCUGUUGGGCAUAUGUUCGCUCCAACCAAGAGCGAACCAGUCUUACAUAUGGAACUAACAGUUCCUGAAAAAGUACUUGGUGCUAAGGACUGCUCCAAUCUUGUUUAUCAUAUUAAACGGGCUCUCUAUCUAUGCUGGCUGGCGAAAAUUUUAAAAGAAGCCGACUUUUAUGUUGAAUUUUCGCAUGAGAACUUCGAUCACUUGCGUCAAUUUUUGACUGUCAUGAGAAGUCAAGAAAGUGUGGACAAAGGAGCGAUACAAAUCCAUGUUUCUCCAAGUAGGAAGUCUGUAACGCUGUCUGAUUUUUGUUGCGAGAAAAGUAAUAUGAAACUUUCAUUGUGUUUUAAAUCGCCUGAUAAAGCAGAACAUCCUACUCCAUAUUACAAUGCCUGCGUACUAGAGGAUUGUUUGCGUCUGAAAAUGACUCGGUAUUUUGCAGAAUUUUUUAAAGACAAGUCGAACAUAAUUAAAGGUAUUUUUAUGGUUCGAAAAUGGCUCGAAGUUAGGAAUCUUUUAUGCCGCGAAGACGGUUUUAAUGAUUUUUUGCUGAAUGCGUAUUUCGUACAUUUGUACAAGUCUGGAAUUGUUUCUGAUCAGACAUCUGUGAUUGACAGUAUUGAAGCUUUUUACGUCUCCUUAAGCAAUUGUAACGGACUUGAAAAACCUUAUUCUUUGUCUGAUGUCGAUGAUACUAAAUUUGAGUUAUAUCAGAAGGCAUUCGAUUACGUUCUUCUGGAUUUAACUGGGUGCUUUAACAUCGCUUAUAAAAUGACUCCUCAUGUGUUCGAUCAGGUCACUCUAGCUGCUGCUCAGGCUGUUGGGAAAGUAUAUUUGUUCUCAGAAUUCGAAAAUUUGUUUGUGAAUAGGCAUUCAUUCCCCCUAUCCUUCGAUGUUUACUUCAGGUAUCAAAUACUUUUUUUUUCUAUUCUAGCUCCAUUUUUUCAAUUUCGGUGUAUUGUAGAUGAAAAGUACCUUAAAAAAAUAUUUUUUCCGCAGUAUUAUUUUGAAUGUAUAGACCGUUGUGGCAGUUUCACCAGUGUUUUUAAGAGGAAAUCUGUUGAUUUGCUGAAGAAAGCUUGGUCUGCUCGAGUGCAAGUUUUUGAUAUACAAGCUACUGUCUCUGAUUCUUCGCAGCUAAUUUCUUUGAAUCGGCAUGGGGCUAGUUAUGGUGUGGAACUGAUAUUUGGAGCACAAGUGCUGGAUGGAUGGGACUCUUCCUUAAUACGUGGGCCGCAAGCAAAGACGAAAGAGGCAGAAGAUUUUCGGAAGUUUUGGGGUGAAAAGUCUGAGUUACGAAAAUUCGCAGACAAUGCAAUCUGUGAAGCUGUUACUUGGGAUAAAGCUGCUACAUAUCAAGGCACUUUAUUUGAUAUAUUCCGUCAUAUCUUGAACAGACACUUAAGAGUACCUCUUACAAAUUUUUCCGAACGUCCCUCCAAUUUGGACUGUAUUGCUUACUUUGAUUCUUCGCGUUACGAUAAGAUAUCAAAGGCUUUUGAUAAGUUGUCGCAAACCUUAUCAUUCAUUCAAGAUUUACCACUCCUAAUCACAAGCGUUCACCCUGUUUCAAAUUUUUUAAGACGGACUUCGCCGACGCCAAGUCGUUCGACUGAAAAUUUUGCCAAGAAGUAUUUGGUGGAAUCAGAAAAUUCGAUAGCGUUCCCAACCUCGCACAGUGCUCCCCCUUAUAUAGAGUCGGUGGAAGUUCACUUGUAUAUGGAGCAAAGCGGGAAAUGGGGUGAGGAUUUAGACGCUAUUGCCCAUUUGAAAACGGCAUUUUACAUUGCGCUGUCGAAGAUUCUGAAGGAUAAAAAUAUAUUUGCAGUUCCCUAUUCGAAGCAUCUUCUUAUUUUUCUCGACUCUGUUGUAUUUCGAGCGUUAAUUGUGACUCCAAAGGAGGUACAUUUAAGCCGAAAGCUUGACGGAUUGAAAUACGGAGUUUCGAAAGAAAGUGUUGCGACGAAACUUUUAGAGCGUGAAUUGGUCAUAAAGCCCUGCCUGACUGCGUUUCUUCUUAGUGUCAGUCAUCAAUAUGUUGCCUUCUCGGGAACGUGCCGUUUAGCAACUUAUUGGCUUUCUUCUCAAAUGCUUUUUGGUUACAUUGAUGAAAUUAUUGUAGAAACAAUCGUUGCCUCAAUUUUCAUCAACCCAUUUUUCUCUGCUCCUCCACGUACUUCAUAUAUGGGGUUUCUUCAUUUUUUGUUGCUAUUGUCGACACACAGUUGGUUGGUGAAGCCACUUUUUGUUGAUUUCAGUAAUGAAUGGAAAGAGUCAGACCACGACGAAAUGGUUAGUGUUUUUAUUAAGAUGCGUCCUGUUCUCCCUGCAAUGGUAGUCUAUUCUUCGGCUGAUCCUUCUGGUAUUCGGUGGACAAAAGAUGAACCAAGACCUUUGGUUUUAAAUCGUAUCGUACGUUUAGCAAAAUCCGCUGCAGAACUACUUCAGAAGAAUAUUGUUAAUAGUGUUCCAUUAGUAUUAGAAAAUAUUUUUGAGCCUAACCUUUCUGUAUUUGAUGCUGUGAUCUACAUAACUGGUUGUUUCACUACGAAGAAGCAUAAGUUUUUUCGAGCGCCUCAGAGGCAGUUGGUUCCUGUUUGCGAUUACGAUCCGGUUGAGAAAUAUGUAGUGAGCUUACGCGAAAACUUCCAUUCUAUAGCUCUUUUUUUCUUCGACAAAUAUAAUCAUAAUGACAAAGUCGGCGUUGUUUGGAGGAGAAAUAUACUAGAUGAAAAAGUGGCUAAUGUCUCGAAUAGCCUCUGCAGGAUCAAAAAAUCCAACGGAAGAGUAGAAGUUAAUUUACAAUCAGUAAUGGAAGAUUUUGUUUUACUUGGUGGGGAACUUGUUGAUAAAGAUUCCGGAGACGUAUUUUGUGGAAAAUAUACUUGUGUAGCCGUCACUGCUUACGCAGUGGCAGCAUCAAUAUUAAAAGGGAAGGAAGAAGGUCUGCAGGGCAGAAGGGAUUUAGGAAGAGAGUGUUUUUUAACCGCUGUAGGAGUUGGGACUGCCGGUGGGAAAUGUGGGCAUCUAUCCCUAAAAAUGGAAGCGUGCGGCUUGAACGAAGUAACAGCAAUGCUAGAAAGCGCCGCAGUGACUCCAGAUAAUACUGCUGGUGAACACCCUCGGUUUUCAAAGUACAAGAACGUCAAACGUGCUGAAGAAUUACAACAAAAACGUCGGCAGGAGUUCCUCAGACAUCAAAAAGAAGCUAAAUUUAAUUAUUCUAAUCACGCUCGGAAGUUAGCAAUGAAUCUCUUCGACGAAGAAGACGAUAACAUGGAUAUUGGUGGUAACGAUUCUGCUACCAGUGAAAAAAAGAGACGGCGAAAAAGAAAUAGAUAUGCAGAUGAGUUAAUGCUUAGUGAGUGGCUAGUGGACAUACCUGAAACGCUUUCAAAUGACUGGAUAUUCUUACCUUGUCCAGCUGGCAAGAGAUGUCUUGUAGUUGCCUCUAAUGGAGUAACGAGUGCCUAUGCUAAAUCUGGUUAUUUGCUAACCCAAUUUUCUUCCUACCUUCCUGGCGGUAGCCGGUCUUCAAGAUGUAAUGAAUUCGCCCACAACAUGUAUUUGUAUUUUCUCUAUUGUUUUUUAGGUGCAAACCAAUUUAGUCUAUUAGACUGUAUUUUUUCUAAAAGUUCCAAUACGUUUUAUUGUCUUGACUUGAUCGCAUGGAAGGGUCAAAGUGUUGCUGACACUGAUUUUGAGUGCCGUAUUUUUUUGAUGAACUCUCGGCUUUCGGAAAAUGCUAAUUAUGGGGAACGUUCUAAGGAAUUUCCGUACUGCUUUGUGUGCCUCCCCUACUGUAAAUGCGAGAAACGGCUGAUGGAAGAGAUGAUGAAUCGUGAAUUUGAAUUUGAAAUAGAUGGUGUUUUAUUUUACUAUGCCUACGUUCACUAUCAUCGAGGCCAAAGUCCGUUGGGUAAUGUUAGAAUUUCUAUUCGUUCAUUACUUCGAAAUAUAUUAUUCGUAUGUCGAGAUUGAGU